AUGCUGUCCGUCUUCUCCGUCACUGGAACCAUAGGAAAUGCCCUGGCCAUAUAUGUCUUCGCCAGCCUCAAGCAAAAGGUAAAUUGGAAAAAAAUAUGUAUGCUGCAUUCCUUUUCAAACAACAAUACAAACUCUGUAAUAUUAUCAUCAAUACAAACCCUCUAAUAUUAUCAUCAAUACAAUCUCUGUAUAUUAUAAUCAAUACAAACUCUGUAAUAUUAUCAUCAAUACAAACUCUCUCAUAUUAUUAUCAAUACAAACUCUCUCAUAUUAUCAUCAAUACAAACUCUCUCAUAUUAUCAUCAAUACAAACUCUCUCAUAUUAUCAUCAAUACAAACUCUCUCAUAUUAUCAUCAAUACAAACUCUCUCAUAUUAUCAUCAAUAAAAUCUGUAAUAUUUGCAUAAAUACAAUCUCUGUAAUAUUAUCAUCAAUACAAACUCUGUAUAUUAUAAUCAAUACAAACUCUGUAUAUUAUAAUCAAUACAAAGUCUGUAAUAUUAUCUUCAAUACAAACUCUCGCAUAUUAUCAUCAAUACAAACUCUCUCAUAUUAUCAUCAAUACAAACUCUCUCAUAUUAUCAUCAAUACAAACUCUCUCAUAUUAUCAUCAAUACAAACCCUCUCAUAUUAUCAUCAAUACAAACUCUGUAAUAUUAUUAUCAAUAAAAUCUCUGUAAUAUUAUCAUCAAUACAAACCCUCUCAUAUUAUCAUCAAUACAAACUAUGUAUAUUAUAAUCAAUACACACUCUGUAAUAUUAUCAUCAAUGCAAACCCUCUCAUAUUAUCAUCAAUACAAACUCUCUCAUAUUAUCAUCAAUACACAGUCUCUCGUAUUCUAAUCAAUUCAAACUCAUAUUAACAGUGUAUCCAAGAAGUAUUUUUUAAUUAGCAUAAUAAUUACAAUUUUAAACUUUUCACCAUUUCAUACAUCUUAAAAUUGUUAUAAAGAUAUAUUUGAUAUUAUGAGUAAUUUGAUAUUUCUUUCGCUAAACAAUUAAAUUAAUUUAUUAGAGAAACAACAAUAAAUGUCAAAGUCUAGUUUCUAAAAUAUAUUUUAAUGAAUUUAUAGUUUAAUAGAAUAUGUAUCGUCUUUGACAUUUUACUUAGCUUCCGUCUGGCUUAGCCUCCAUCUGACUUAGCUUCCAUCUGACUUAUCUGUCAUCUGACUUAGCAUUCAUCUGUUUCGUAGCGUUGGUUAUACAUUAUCCACCUGAAAAUGUCACUGAUUAUUGCUAAAGACACUAUGGCAAAGUCAUCUCUGAAUAUCUCUCAAGGCGUGCAACGAAUCCAUGGCUUAAUAUGGAUUACUAUUUUAAUCUAAGAUAACGAGAUUCCAACUCAACGUCAGCAUGUUCUCGUGUUCCAAGCUGGUCGUCUGCUUCAUAUAGAGCUCUGACCAUCACAAUUUCCGUUGUAUAAUUACGAGAGAAUCAUCACGAAUACACAGACCAUCCGACACUACUGAUCCCCAAUGACAGUUACAAGUCGACCCGUCCUGUCGUUCAUCAAAAAACAUCUUUUAAUAGCCUACUUUGGUUAGGGUUAGAGUUAUGACAACUUUUAAUAGCCUUCUUCGUUUCCGUCUGUCCAUUUGGUUCUUAUCCAGGAAAAGAUUUUACAAGUUGCAGAAUUUGUCUAGCCAGCUAACAUUACUUCGUUACCAUUGACUAACAUAAAUAUUUAAAUUAUAAUUAUUGGAUAUGCAUAUUCUUAUUAAAGCAAAUCUGGUGGAUAAUAGUGUUGUAGUGAAGCCAACCUUUACGAAUAGUUCGUCCAAUGAUUGACAUAUUUCUCUGGGCUGGACGCUGAAUGGGUAGUAUCUUAAUGGCCUUCGUUGACCCACUAUAUGAUGUAUUCAGGACCCUGCUGGCCCCAUGACGUCUCUCUCUAUCUUCACAGGGAGUCUAUACAUAUCUUAUUAAGACCUGCUAGUUUCUUUGCUAUUAUGAAUUAAUCAUAAAUAAAACUGCUAGCAGUCCAAACUUAAAACUCGUUACAUUUAUUAUAGUCUAACAAUUCCUCAGUUAAUCAUGUUGCCUCAUUACAUUUUUUAUACUCAAAAAAAUUCAUCUUUUAUUCAUGUUGUUACCAAGGAAAGCAUAUUCUUUUUUUUUUUUUUUUUUACAACAUUUUAGAAAAGAUUUAGUUAUUAAGAAUUGAUUUAGUUAUCGAGAUGUGCUGGAAACCCUGGGCUAGCCUUCACUGGAGAAACGAUGACAACUUUCCAGGCUCUAAUUUUUUUUAAUCAAAAAUUUUUAUUUUUUUUUUUUUUUUUUUCCAUGGUAUUUUUUUUUUUUUUUUUUUUUUUUUUUACAACAUUUUAGAAAAGAUUUAGUUAUUAAGAAGUGAUUUAGUUAUCGAGAUGUGCUGGAAACACUGGGCUAGCCUUCACUGGAGAAACGAUGACAACUAUCCAGGCUCUACAUGAUGUAUUAGCUAAAUAAUGGGCUGGCCCACUGCUCUAGCAUUAAACAGAAAAUCGUCCCUCUGCCCCUAGACAAGGACGGGGCCAUGAGCGGAGGUUCCAGCUAAUAACAGCAAGAAAACAGUACAGAAACUAAUUUAUCCUGCCAAAGACAAUCAGGAACUGGAACAAGCUUCCAAAAGGAUUUGUGGAGGCGAAAACACUUGACACAUUUGAGUCUAUUGCCUCAGGUCUUCCAAGCCCAAGUUCAUGAUACCAUCGCUGGGUAGCCCCGAAAAAGUGAAAUAUACUCUUCAAUACCAGGCACAGAAACAUAGUGAAUACCUACUAAGAGAUGAGAUGAGAGCCUAAGAGAUGAAAAUGUUCUUCCGAUAACUACUUUGUUAUUUCUUGAAGUUGGAGUAAAUAAUUAAUAAAUUAUGUCUUCAGGUUCUCGCUAAUCGGCUGAAUUUAUGUUAUCAAUUUCAAAUAAUUUGAUUUAAUUUUUUAUUGUUUGCUGAAGAAGGCGUUUAGUAGAAACAUCUUUUUAAUUGUUCUGUCGCUGGAUAGCAGAAAUAUUAUAAACAUUAGCAGUGGUCGGUAUAAGUCGCUGGAUAUCGCUAGAGACUAGAGAACUAUCAUAAACAUUUGCAGUAGUCAGCAUAAAUUGAUGGAUAGCACUAGAUAACUAUCAUAAACAUUUGCAGUAGUCAGCAUAAAUUGAUGGAUAGCACUAGAUAACUAUCAUAAACAUUUGCAGAGGUCGGUAUAAGUUGGUGGAUAGCAAUAGAGAACUAAAAUAAACAUGUCAUUCUAAAUGUAAAUUUGUAUUCUUGUUCAUUUAUUUAACCUGAUUGUGUUCCAGUAGUUGAACUGACAGUCUCAAAGUGUAAACUAUUAUUUCUUAGCCCUUAUCAUUCCAGCUGACAUCCACCAUCUUCAUUCUGACCCUGGCCGGGACGGACUUCAUAACCUGCCUCAUCACAAUCCCAUUCACAAUCCUCAUAGAAUUUUUAGAGUUCAAGGUCGGCAGUGACGAAGUGUGCAAGAUCUACCAUUUCCUGAUCACCACCACCGUUCCCUUCUCGUGUGUCGUCAUUGUGGCCAUCGCGGUGGACAGGUGGGUGGAUUUGUUUUUCGUUGAGUUUUUUUUUUUUUUUCAAUUUAUGUCCACAACGGUCGGUGACCUUUGAACCCUAACCAUAUCUCGAUGUAAGAUUUAUAUUCUAACUGGCAAAAGAAUAGUUCGAAAUUUAUGUUUAUAAAAUAGAGUACUGUCUGAAAAUGGGUGUCCACCAUCGAUAACUUUCUUAAUAGACUUGGAAAGUUGGGAGAAAAAAAAAUUAACAUCCAUUUUUAUUAGCCAUGUUAACAUACACACACACACACGCACACACAAACACACAUAUUACUUAGUAGAAGACAUUCACCACAUCUGAGUAAAACAUUGUAUACAAUUGACGUUCAUGUUACAGAAGCCUACAUUUAGCCUAAAGCGCAUCAAUUUUUAUUAGACACCUUCAAUUUGGGAAUCAUUUCCAAUUAAAUAAACCUUUCAUAAUAUAUCCACAUAGACUUUUUCCUAGACUGAUCCUUUCAUUAAUAUAUCCACAUAGACUUUUUCCUAGACUGAUCCUUUCAUUAAGAUAUCCACAUAGACUUUUUCCUAGACUGAUCCUUUCAUAAUAUAUCCACAAAGACUUUUUCCUACCCAGAUCUUCGCAACUUUUACUGCAAAAAAAAAAACAACACAAAUAUGUGAGUUAUAUUUUGUUUUAACAAAGGCUAAAAACAUGAAUGUCAUUAUUCAUAUUCAGGGGCGUAGCAUGGGAAAGCUGCGCUCGAGAGAAAGCAUGAAUUUAGGGUGCUAAAUGUUGUCUGGCUUGAUGCCCCCUUAAUGCUCCCCCUCCCCUCCUCCCCAUCACACAGUCUUGUAAUAAAACUACUCUUCCUCUGAUUUGGAAUUCAUGCCAUAAUAAAAAAAAAAUUGUGAAUAUUUGUUUUAAAUCUAAACUUAUAUGAUUUUGAUUUUAUUUAAAAAUAGAGUUAUAUGUAUUUAGAAUAGAGUUACAUGUAUUUAGAAUAGAGUUACAUGUAUUUUGAAUAGAUUUACGUGUACUUUGAAUAGAGUUGGCUGUAUUUUGAAUUGUUACAUGUAAUUUAUCUUUUAUAAAAUAUAUGGGUUAUGCUAUUUUUCGAUUUGACCCAUCUUGAAUUACAAUGCAACUUUAUAUAAAUGUAACCUGUUAUCCACAGGUAUAUGUGUAUUUGCCAUCCAUUCCACCACUGGAUGAACAUCCAGAGGGCACGCAUCAUCAUCGGCGUCCUCGUUGUCGUCAUAUUCGCAUUCGGUGGCCUGGUGUGCGCCCAUUACACCAUCUACAAGAAGCAUGAUAUAGAGAUUGGCAACUCCAGCUCCUUGAACAUCAAUCACUACAACAUCACGGUGGGCGGGAUGACCUUCACCCCCGACCCCAUCUCUCCCGGCCCGAGCUACUCCUCAAUUACGUCGAUGAACAAGACCGCACCAAGCCCGACAAUGGCUCACCACAACGAGACGACUACCGCCAUUGACGUGAGCCCCACGGCUAAAUACACGUACAUGAAGACGACAUGCGACAUUCAGGAGGAUUUGAUUGACAAGCGGUUCUACUACGUGUUCAGACAGCUCUAUGUCGGCAUCUUCUUUGUCAGCUGCAUCAUCGUCUUUGCCCUCUACAGCCUCAUCUACAGGUGAGUCGGACGAAACCUGAGCCAUGGGUUGGAAUAGGGACACCCAAACUUUGGGAUGAAUUAGGACACCCAAGCUUUAGGUUGGAAUAGGGACACCAUAGCUUUGGGUUGGGUUAGGGACACCUGAGCUUUGGGUUGGGAUAGGGACACCUGAGCCUUAGGUUGGGAUAGGGACACCCGAACUUUGGGAUGAAUUAGGGACACCCAAGCUUUAGGUUGGGAUAGGGACACCCAAGCUUCAGGUUGGGAUAGGGACAACUGAGCUUUGGGUUGGUAUAGGGACACCUGAGCUUUGGGUUGGGAUAGGGACACCUGAGCUUUGGGUUGGGAUAGGGACACCUGAGCUUUGGGUUGGGAUAGGGACACCUGAGCUUUAGUUUGGGAUAGGGACACCCGAACUUUGGGAUGAAUUAGGGACACCCGAGGUUUGGGUUGGGAUAGGGACACCUGAGCUUUGGGUUGGGAUAGGUCACCUGAGCUUUGGGUUGGGAUAGGUCACCUGAGAUUUGAGUUGAAAAAGGGACACCUGAGCUUUGGGUUGGGAUAGGGACAAAUGAGCUAUGCGUUGGGAUAGGGCUAUAAACACCUUAACCUUGGGCUUGGGAUAUUGAUACCUGUGCUCUCGGUUGGGAUAGGGCUAAGGACACCUGAACUAUGGGUUGGGGCUAGAGACACCUGUACUAUUGGUAACCAUAACCCUAACCUUUUCAGAAUACUUCAUUGAAACAUCUUUACGCUUCAAUUAUUUUUCCCUUAAAUGGAUUCAUGAUAAAUAAAAUGCCAAUAAAAUUAAUUAAUGCACAUAUCGACCCGGAUGUAUUUGAAAAACAUAACCUCGCAGUAUUAUAUCACUCUAACCCUAACCUCGCAGUAUUAUAUCACUCUAACCCUAACCCUAACCCUAAACCGUAAGUAUUACAAAAACCUAACCGCGCACUAUUACAAACUCUAUUGACAACUCGACAAUAUUACAAAAGUCGAAUCUUAAACCGCCAGUAAUACAAAAUAUUUAGACCAUUCAAAAUGUCUAAUAUUUCCCAUCCUACAUCAAAGAAAUCAGAAAUCUAACAUAUCAGGCAGACAGUCUACAAGAUGUCAGAAAGUAUAGAAAUAAGUAUAGAAAUAAAUAUACAAUGUAUUCCAAGUUAUCACAACUUUCCAAUUUCUCUUUGCAGGUCAGUCAUCGCUCAGCGGAAGAAGAAACUACACAUCAAGUCCGCUCAGUGCUGCUUAUUGUGGAACGCGACCAGCGUAGACACGCCUCAUGAGGCGGCAGAGAUGACCCAAGACAUAGAACUGAGCCACGUCAACGGCGAGGAACGCCUCACCACCCGUCACAACUCAAGCACCAUGGAGGAUCUGGAGCCUCACAACAACGGGGCUGUCCGAAAGUGUUCCCUGUCCAAAGCCCGCAUCGAACGAAUGAGGGUGGCAAACAUAAAAACGGCCUUCACCUUGUUUAUUGUGACCUUGGUGUUUAUCAUGGCUUUCCUUCCUUCCUGGUUGAUGGCCUUGAGCCUCAUU